AUGGCUGAACCAAUUUCAUCUAAUAUGCGAGAUAAUGGGGUUGAUGCAGUUUCGGAAGUGAAUCCAACGAAGCUGUCUUGGUCUCUGGUGGUUGGAGUUGUUAGGCUGUAUGAGAUGCAAAACCAGUGGAACCCGGCUGAGGUUUACAGUGUGGAAAUGGUGUUGCAAGAUGAACAGGGUGAUCGAAUCCAUUGCAGCAUACCAAAACAAAAUAUUGCUGUAUUCAAGACUCUUAUUCGGGAACAUGAGCUUUAUUCCAUGAAGAAUUUCAUUGUGAAGGGUUGGGGGAAAGGGAUUAGGACCUGUGAUCACAAGUACAAGUUAAACUUUUAUAUCAAGACGUCAGUAUCACGGCUAACAACUGGGACAUUUCCCUUUAAUCCUUUCCGUUUUGUAUCUUAUGAAGAGGUUCAGGCCAUGCCUGCUGGGAAUGAAAAUCAUCUCAUAGACUAUAUUGGCCAUGUUGUAGGUAGGGGUGUACAUGGGCCGGGCCACACCGGGUUUUGCCUGACCCAGAUCCGGCCCGAAAUAUAG